AUGGAAGAAUAACUCAUAAAUGUAAUAUUCGAUCCAAAUUUCUAAUCUUUUGAUUAAGAAUUAGCUAAUUUAAGCAUGGAUAAAAUGAUGAGUAUUUAAUUCUCAGAAGAAUUAUUACAAAAGAAUUUUGCAGUUUUGAUAUCAAUAUUAAAACAAUUACAUAAAGGAAUGGUAUUGAUGAAUACUAAAGUAUAAGAUAAUUCUGAUUGGGUGUAGGUAUAUAUAAAUGAAUAAAUAAAAAGAAAUUAAAAGAAGUAAGUGAAACUCCAGAAACCAAAUAAUAAAACAAAGACACAAUAGAAUAAAUCACAUCAAAGUUAUUAGAAUUAUAAGAUGUUUCUAAAAAGGAUUAUGCUACAAAGGAAGAAUUAGAAUAAACAAAUUAAAAAUUUAGUAAUUAUUUGAUUAACAUUUUAAUAGAUAGAAUUGUUAAAUAAUAAGAACAGUCAUUAUAAGAUUUAGAAGGUGAAUAAACAGUUUAAGCAAAGAAAAUAGAAGAUAUUAAUAAUAUUCAAUAAUAAUAAUAAGAAUAGAUAAAUUAACUAGGUCAAGAGAUUGAAAAUAUUAAGAAAUAGAUGAAUGGUUUCUAAAAUGAAUUGCAUGAAGUAGAGGAACGAAAACCAGAGUAAAUUAUAAUAGAAAAAGAAAUAAUAAAAGAAGCUCCAAUUUAAGCUAUGGCUCUACCUAUUUAAUAUGCUGGAAAUGAUGAAUAAAUCAACAAAUUAAACAAAUUAACUCUCGAAUUAAGUAAACAUUUACAUAAGUAUUAGAAUUAUAAUAAGAAUAAUUAUAAAAAGAACUUGAUAACUUAAAAUAGGGAUUAAAUAAUGAGAAAGUUUUAGAUGAAAAUUAACCAGUAGACUUAUCAGAUGUUAAUAAGAAAUUAAUUGGACAUGAAGAAGAAAUAUAAUCAUUAUAUGAGAUAGUAGAUAGUUUAAGAUAAAAAUUAAAAGAUUAAAAUAAUAAUUAAUAAUCAGAUAUUUCAAAUGAUGAAUUAAAUUAAAUAAAAAAUGAUAUUAAAAAAUUACAAUCACAAAUAGAAGCUUUAUAAACAUAAUUAAAUUUAGCUACUUUUGGAUAGGGUGAAGAUAUGCAAGAGAAUUAGGUUGCUUUAAUUUUAGGAGAAAUUAAUAAAUUAAGAGAAUAAUUAUAAAAUUAUUGUCUGAUAACAGAUUUUUAAAAUGAGAAUACUAAAAAAGAAGUUAGAAUAAAGAUUGUUUAAGAUCAUGCAGAUGAAGAAUUAGAAAAAGCAAGAAGAGAAUUUAAAAUUAAAAUAGAUAAAAAGGCAGAAUAAGCAGAUAUUGCUAAAUUAGAAAAGGAAAUAAUAUAAUUGAGAGAGUAAAUAGGAAAGUCAUAAUAGAGAAAAUCUUAACCUCAUGUUGAAACACCAUAAAAACAGCCUAAUAUUGAUAAAGAAUUAUAAAAUUAAAUUAAAGAAUUAUAGUAAACAUUAAAAGAAAUUGAAAGGUAAAAUGUAAAUAAUUAAUUAAUAGUGAUUUAUUAAUACAUAAAACCUAAAUGAAUUAGAAUAAUUAAUAAAUUCAUAUAAAAUUGGCUGAGUUGGAGAAGAAACUUUAAGGAAUAUAAACUGAUAAGAUUUACAUUGAAUUAUAAAAUUAGAGAGAAUAGAUGGAUUUAAUUAAACGUGAUUAAGAUUAAAAUAGAAUGAAAAUUAAUAAUUUUGGAAAGAAAAUCGAAUCAAUAGUAACAAAGGAUGAAUUAUUUUAAACAUUUGAUCCAAAAAUAAAAUAAGUAAGAGAUGAAGUAUAGAGAAUUGGAGAUGAAGUUAAACUAAGUAUAGAUAGAAAAGCUGAUGCUUAAGAAGUUAAAGAUUUAAAUCAAACAUUCUUAGAUUAAUUAUAAAAAGUAGUAACUGAACUUAUUAAAACAUUAGCAAAUAAAUAAGAAACAAAGAAAGCUCUAAUAUAUCUUGAAUAGAAAGUAUAUAUUACUAUUAAAUAUAGAUUAAUUAAAUAUUUAUGAUCCUUGAAGGAGAUGGAUCAAAAGAUAAGGAUUCUUUAUUUGUUAAAAAACCUCUUUCUUGGAGUUGUGCUUCAUGUGAUAAGGACUUAGAUAAAUAUAAAGGAUAAUUGGGAGAAUUUAAAAAUUGGGCAGUAUUUCCUCCAAAAGAAACAUCACCUGAAAGAAUGGGAAAAGUAAUAUAGAUUAUUGAUAAUAAUAUAGUUUGGUAUUGGUUAUAAGAAUAUGUAAGAUAGGUUGAAAUCUCAUAGGGAAAAAUUAGAUAAAGAUAGAAGUUAAAAUGAAAAAGAAUCUAGCUAAUAAUAAUAAAGUAUGACAUUAAGUCAAAGUUAAACUCAAUUACCAAAAAUUAAAUAAUGA